CCAACAUUGAAAUAGAAGUGUAGCUUUGCGUUUAUCAACUUUUUAUGUACAAUUCAUUUAAGUGAUGUGAUGCAUGUUGUGCACGUCACCGUGAUAAAACUGUGAUAAAAAAAUUCUGCAAUACGACACUUCUGGGGAUUAAUAAAACAUCAGUGGUGGCUUCUUGGCCGAUCACCUGAUCCAGUUUCAGCUGUAUAAGUGGUGAAAGGCACAUAAUUUCUUUGUGCAUGCCCUGACUUUGAUUGAAACGGAGAAAAGGAGUGGAGGAAAGCAGCAUGUGAAGAGCGCAGAAAGGCGGACUGCCACCGCAGCGCACAGCGGGUGGAUGGACGCGGCGCGCUGGGACGGACCGCCUGUAAGCACCAUGGACAGCGCUCCGGGUCUCGCCCGGGUGAUCAUUGAAAUGCGUAACGAAAUCCAGAAACUGGAGUCUGAGAACAGGGCACUGCGGGGGAAGCUGGAUCAAAGGCCGGCCGAAGUAAACUCGGGGCCGCAUGCAUGCCAGCACAGGAGCGCAACGGAAGACAGGGCGUCCCAAGCCAGCUUAAGGCGAAAUGUGUCCGCCCCCGCACUGGAGGGACAGUAUCAGGAUUCAAAUGAUAACAUUAUAAUGACAGUGCGAAGAUAUUCCAUCUCGACCGAUAUUCGUAACGCCUCCCGAAGGGCUGACAGUAAAGGGACGGCGCAGCGGGACACGGAGUCCCUGAUCCCGGACAGGCUCCAGGAGGGGGUCCGCGGGAAGACGCCGGCGGUGACGCUUAGCCUGCCGCGGGACGAGAGCAGCAGCUUAUCCAAAGAGGAGCUAAACAACAAGCGCUCUCUGCACGACUACGUCCACAAAAACAGAACAAAAGUCAAAACUGUCACAUUCCUUCUGCCUGUGGAAGACAUUUACACAGCCCAACCAGUCUUAAAGAGCCACUUAAGCAACUGGACAUCGUAACUCUGGAAAAAGACUCAUGAAGUCAAAGCAUGAGGUGAGAGAGGUGAGAGAGACAGGUGGCCAAAAUGAGUGGGAGGGUGAAUUCGUGGGGAUAGCGUGCACAAUUCCGGCGUGGGGCUGGUUACUUUGUUUUAGGUUAUCCAGGCAAUCGAUUGUAUCUCCGCUGACUUGGUAACUGAUAUGUGUCCGACAGCCAUCCGGCCAGAGCAGCCUAUUUUUCCCCACAAACCCGCCUCCUCCCCACCUCACUGGGGUUGGGUGUCGUGUCAGUCCAAUCUGGGUCAGGAGGAGAUGGUGGGCAAUCGCUCUCGGAGACACUUUGACUUAGGUUUCCCGCCGUGCGGCACCAACCAAAUCUGUGGCAUUACUUAUUUAAGUUGGUCCUCCGAACAUAUGAUACUAAAACAGAAUUUAUUUUUUGUGUCUCAAUAAAAGUGUAUAAGCAGGGACAUGUUUCAGUUUGUGUGAUGUGAGAACUGUCCACUUCCUUAAAAAAUGGUUAUUUAGUGCCACACAAUGUCAGUUACAUAUCUACAAUUUCUAAUCAUUAAUACAUGAUCACUGAGUGUUGUAUUUCUUAUUGCCUUUAAAAAUACAUUUAUAAAAAUACCUGUAAUUACCUGUAACAGAUAAUACUGUAAUUAAUCCUAUAAAUAUUACCAAACACAUAAGGCUUCCUUGGCACAUCAAACUGUAGACAGUAUUGCUGUCUGCCAUGUUCAGUAAAGCUUGACCCCGCGACCCUGACUACUGGGAGACUUAGCAGGCACCUUAACUGACUGUGAUGCUGGUUAAAGGUUCUCAGUGGAGGACAGAGACCUGUCAUGUCACCCCACCCCACCAUGUUCACAGUGUCCCCAAACAGGCAAUACUACAACAUCUUCUCUCCUACCAUAUCCCCUGUGGGCACCCACAGGAAUCUGCGGGCCAGUUAGAGGCAGGGAGUGAACAUGAAAAGCCGGACGGGUGCAUUAUGGGAAAUUAGCUCCUGUACACUCUGUACACCUCCGUCUGCAUGUUUGCUUCAUUCCUGAGCUGUGUUUAUAUCAUGAUUUUCACAUGGAUGGUUAACAAGCACGACCACUACCAGAUCUAUUGGUUUGUGCAUGGGGGGGGGGGAGAUUCAGUUACACUACAGUAUCAAACACAUUGUCUUUAACCAACAAAUAAUAGUAAUGAUAGUCUAUAGGAGAGGAGUGCUGUUGAGUAACUGAGAUGGGCUGGGUCUGAGUUGGCUCAGUUAUGUGAGCGUACUCACAUCACUGAGCAUGUUGGACCAAGAGCAUGUUGUUAUAGUAACCCAGACAGAAGAUGACCAUCCCUCACCUGGAUCGACCCUUGAUAAGGCUCCUGGAUUACUGAUCCAUUUCCCAUUCACAGCCAGAAGGGCUGUAUGAAUGACCUGUAUCGUACUUCGCUGUGUUGAUACGUUUUGGACACACAGUGAAAGACAACACCUCCAGCACCUUGCAGUCAUUGUACACGGUGGUCAGCCUGUUAAACUUCAGCUACAAGGAGUUGAGCAUGAUGACUGUCUGGAUGGGUUUCCACGCAGAGCGGAUGCUGGUGAAGGUCACCACGUCACUGAAGAGGAUGGUCCACUCCUUAAAUUCACCUGGAGGAAGAACGAUGCAAGAAUAUCAAGAGCAUGCACGCUCACACAAACUGUUAGUGAGAUGGUGAUCAUCACAGUGGAUCUCCCUCAACUGCCUCCACUCUCUUGCCCUCUUUCAGCUGAUUGGCCACGUGUUUGGACAGCAUGGCAUACAGCAUGGCAUCCGUUGUCGUCGUCUUCUCCUCUUCCUCCUCCAGGUGGCGGUGGAGCCGGCAAAGCUCCUCCUCUUUGUGCUCCAGUUGGCUGGAGAGCUCAAUCUCGGCCAGACGUUAGUGGUUGAGUAGGAUAAGGUAGUGCGUGUGGCGUUGUGCGGUGUGUUGUCCGAGGUGUGCAUGCGCCACUCCUGCAGCUCCUGGGGGCUGCGGAGCAGUGGGGAAGCCUGGUACGGCAUGCACUGCAGUGGCCCCCUCCACAUCACCUGCCCUGGCGGGGGGGGGGACCUGUAAAGAGGUCUUGCCUGAGGCACAUUCUGUCCCCUCCGCUCUCCCAGCGAUGGACGGGUUGGACGAGGCAGGGAUUGUCAGCCCUAAUGGAAGUCAAUGAAGUAACAUAGUGUAAAGCAGACAGCAGCAGGCAGGACAUGUUAAUCCCAACCCAAGGUAUCUCAAAUGAGCAAAUGAACUGCAGCAGCCACAGGAAUCCCCUAAAGCAAAUUCGGUGAUUGGUCGCCUUACGCUGGGCCUCAAACACCAGCAUAAAGUGGCCAUUUAACCGAAGGCAGGGAAACCUGCUCGAAGGUACAGUUGGAAUUAGCAUUUUGGUGCUGCUCAUUGGUGCUGUCUUAUAUUGACUUGUGCUCGUAAAUCUUAGCCUGAUGCUGAAAUCUGCUGAUCUGGAAAACCAGCCACCCAAGAAACAGCGGCAGGUAAAAUAAAAUCUCUCCCUCUCCUCCUGUCUGUACCCCCCCUCCCCCCGUCUCACAAUCUGCACGCGUGGUCUCUCUCCAGCUGCCUGUCUUUCCCUCCCUCAUUCCCCCCCCCCCCCUUUCCUUGCACUCCCACACUCUUUGACUCUUCCCCCCGGUGCCACUCUGGAGUUCCAGUGUGGGUCCGCCUCUCCACGACUAGGGCAUCAUCUCCUGCCUGGCCUGCAGCAUGCAGUGGCUGUUGAUGAACUUCCUGAUGCCUCAGACCAUGACGGGGACUUCGGGGUGCCGGAUGCAGAAGUACUGGCCCGGCUGGAUCUGCAUGGUCUGCAGCCCGGUGACGAUCCUCUGGAUGUUCACUCCUGCCUGCUUCACCCGGAGCUGAAGUUUUGUAAUGAAAGUGUUGUAAAUGCAUUGGUUUUUUUAACCAAUGCUCUAUAAAUGACAGUAUUGCACUUGCUUAGUGAGUCAGGAAUAUCACAUUUCUAUUGCUAUAUAGCAAAUGGACAAAGUAUUUGAUCUGAACAAGUGCAGUGAAAUACCCAGCUGUAUAACAGAUAAAAAUGUGUUUUUUUUGAUGAAAGCAUCAGCUAUGACAGUAUAUAUAAAUGUAGCACCUUUC